UGAUCGUAACACGUGCGAUUCUGAAACAAAGAGGCUGUUGGCUCUCUUGGACAGAGUAGUCUUCCGUAACUUCUUGACAAAGAGACUGAUUCGUAACAAAGAGACUGUGUGAUACAAUUCUCAAAUGCUAAACUCGUCCGUUCAUAGUAGUGGCGUCCUGUUUGCUUCGGGAACGUAACCGAGAUUGACCUUGUAGUUUCGUGCAGAUUUUUAAAGCGUACGGAAUAUUAAUUUGACAAAGAAGAAGCGAACGAGCGACGAACCAAGCCCGUUUUAGCUUUCAUACGCAAACGGAUAGAUGUCAGUCGCUCGGCUAUCCCUAAAAUGCAAAGUAUUGAUCGUGGUAACUUGUACGGUUCAGAAAUAAUGUUACUACCGAUACCGUGGCUACCUUACGUAAUUUCGAAACAUAAAGAGUGCUCGUCUUAAGUUCGAAGCGAAAAGAGGGUUCCCUAAGAUUCGCAUUCGUGAACGAUCGUAUUAUCUUGUUUUCAAAAUACAAGUAGCAGAAUUCGGUGGAUAGAGUGGGUGACAUUGGAACAUGGACAUCAGACUUUUACUGUUAAUCCUGGCGAUCAUCGGUGCAAUGUUUGGUGCGGUCGCAACCAGAUUCGGGUUUCCCGGAUUUAACAAGAUCGCACAGAUCGUGCUUGCUGUGGCGUUGCUACCCGUGCUAUGCAGAUUUCAUCGGAAGCUGUACGUCAUCUGCAAGGUUCUGCCUCGUGAUAUGAAGUUUCUGUAUCGUGCUGUUACAGCAGAAUUAGAAACGAAAAGCCAUCGUCGGAACAAUAUGACUGUUACAAAGGUUUUCCGAAAAAGGGUGGAACAUUACCCUAAUAAACCUUGUUUCUUCUUUGAGGAUCGCGUUUGGACGAACGCUGACAUUAACAAAUAUAGCAACCAGAUAGCCUCUGUGUUUCAAAAAGCUGGUUACGUAAAAGGAGAUGCAGUGGCAUUAAUGAUGCCAAACAGGCCGGAAUAUGUUGCUAUCUGGCUUGGUCUUGGAAAACUCGGCGUUGUCACUGCUCUAAUUAACACGAAUUUACGACUUCAAUCUUUGAUUCAUUGCGUUCGUAUCGCCGAAGUGAAGAGUAUCAUUUAUGUGGAAGACUACUCGUCCGCCAUCAAUGAUAUUAAAGAUUCGAUUCAUGGCAUCGACAGAUACAAAGUGUGCUUCAAAUCCGAAACCCAUGAAGAUGGUGCGAUCGAUUUGAACAAACUUUUAUCAGAAGCCAGCACAGAAGAACCAGUGGUCAAAGAUGAACCUGGAUACAGAGACAAAUUAUUGUACAUUUAUACCAGCGGCACCACUGGCCUACCAAAAGUGGCUAUAGUACUAAAUUCAAGGUAUUUGCUGGUCGUAAUGCCGUUUAAUUUACUAGGAAUAAGAUCUAGCGAUAUCCUGUACAAUCCAAAUCCAUUGUACCAUACCACUGGUGGAAUGAUUGGAGCAGGUUUCGCAAUUCUCAAAGGUAUACCAACUGUGUUGAGGCCCAAGUUUUCAGUGUCGGCUUAUUGGACAGACUGCAUCAAGUAUAAUUGUACAGCUGCGCAAUUUGUCGGUGAAAUGUGCCGUUACUUACUGAAUGCGCCACCGAAACCGGAAGACAAUGCACAUAGAUUAAGACUCAUGUUUGGAAAUGGCAUGAGACCGCAAAUUUGGAACGAGUUCGUCACGCGUUUCAACAUUAAAAGAGUCGCUGAAUUUUACGGGUCCAGCGAGGGAAAUGCAAAUAUCGCAAAUCUGGAUGGUAAAGCUGGUGCUGUCGGUUUUGUACCAUUAAUUAUACCAAGAAGAUUCCAUCCGUUAGCAAUUAUUCGUGUAAAUAGCGAAACUUACGAACCAAUUAGAGGUCCAAAUGGAUUGUGCAUCAGGGCAGAAACAAAUGAGCCAGGGAUGUUCAUAGGACUAAUAAAAGAAGGGAAUGCCUUGAGAGAGUUCAAUGGCUACCUAGAUAAAGAAGCGUCAAAAAAAAAGAUAAUACAAGAUGUGUUUGUUAAAGGUGAUAAGGCUUUCCUGACAGGUGAUAUUUUGGUAGAGGAUGAAUGUGGUUAUAUUUAUUUCAAAGACAGAGUAGGAGAUACGUUUAGGUGGAAAGGUGAAAAUGUCGCCACUGCCGAAGUGGAGGGUGUCAUCAGCAAUAUUGCUGGACAACGAGAUGCUACUGUUUAUGGAGUUCAGGUACCUGGAAUGGAAGGAAGGGCUGGAAUGGCAGCGAUAGUUGAUCCAGACAGCCUUCUAGACUUCAAAGCCCUGGCGGAAGGAUUGGAAAAAGCUUUGCCAGCCUAUGCGAGACCAAUAUUCUUAAGAAUCGUGAAGGAACUAGAAAUGACAGGAACGUUUAAACUGAAGAAAGUGAACCUUCAAAAGGAAGGCUUCGAUCCGAGUAAAGUUCAAGACAAGAUGUACUUCUUGUCGGGUAACAAAGAGUACGUCGAGAUCACACCUGAACUUUAUAAAGAAAUUAUAUCCGGAACGAGGAAGUUCUAGUCGUCGCGCACGAUUUCAAGUGUCGAGGAUAUAUGUAAAAGUUAGACGUGUAACGUAAUGUUUCUUUUUUCUUUUUUUUUUUAAAUAUGAACAUGACAAAUUACAUUGCGCCUUGUAGAUACAACGCGUAAAGGGUUUUAUAACAUAACACAUGCGAUACCACAGAACAUACAUUUAGGCUGAAAGUUUGUCGAACUGUUGUAAGAUUAUUUUUAUGAUAAAAGGCCAGAAACAGGGAGCUUGUUGCGCAGAGAAGAUUCUAUUUCUGUCAUCAAACGAUCGGACAAAUUUCGCCAAUAGUUCUUCUGACAUUGGGACGAGCGAAUAUGGUGACAUGUUCCUGUAUAUUUUAUAAAUACUCUACAUAGCGUAAGAUUGGCACUGAAGGUAGAAUUAGUUUGAUUAAAGUCAUUCUAUAACAAAUUUUGAUCUUUUAUAAAAAAAAAGGUACUUUAUUUCAUAUUUAACCCUUUCAUGUUCUAUUUGCGAUUAUUCAAAAGGUUUUUUCUUCAAAAGAAGGAAAAAAAAGAUAAUGAAUUGUCAAUAGCAUGUUUGCAGUAUUUAGUUUAAAUAUACAAAACCUGUCACAAUAUCCAAUAUUGAUUUUAACGAAACUUAUUGUUUAUAUAUACAUAUUUUUUAAUUUGCACCUAUCUCGGUUAUUCUAGUAUAAAAUUACCAAUGAAAUCUAAGUAAUGAACACAAUAAUUAAACAUAAUGCGAUUAAGCUCAAUUUAUUAUACUAUUAAAUGUAAUCUAACUUCAUAAUCAAAAAAGAUAACAGAUAAAUGUAACGUAUACCUCUUAAAAGAAAAAAAAGAUAUUAGUGUUCGAUGAAAUACAGAUUCACUUCCACUUUUAAAGGUAUUUAAACAUACCUAGUAGUUCUAUGUACUUCAUGUGUUUCGUCUUUACUAAUGCACCAUGUAUAUAUUAUUCUUAUGCUAGAUUUUAAUAAAGAUGUAGUUAGUUGUU